AUGGAGGAGCCCCCCGUGCGCGAAGAGGAGGAGGAGGAAGAGGAGAGAGCGAGGCCCGAGGUAGGGCCCGAGGGGGCUCUCAGCAAGAGUCCCGCGCAGUUGACCACCGAGGACGUGUACGACAUCUCCUACGUGAUGGGCCGUGAGCUGAUGGCCCUGGGCAGCAGCCCCCAGGUGACACAGCUACAGUUCAAGAUCGUCCGUGUCCUGGAGAUGCUGGAGGCGCUGGUGACCGAGGGCAGCCUGGAGGCCGAGGAGCUGCGGCUGGAGCGGGACAGCCUACGGAAGGAGCUGCAGGCGCUGCGCACCGGGGACCCGCCGGCCGAUGCCGCCCAGGUGAGCCUGGGGCCCGACAAGAUGGUGGUGGAUCUGACCGACCCCAACCGGCCACGCUUCACGCUGCAGGAGCUGAGGGACGUGCUGCAGGAGCGGAACAGACUCAAAGCCCAGCUCCUGGUAGCACAGGAAGAGCUGCAGUGCUACAAGAAUGGCCUGAUUCCCCCAAGAGAAGAUCCAGGAGGAAGACGAGAAAAGGGUGCCCUGGUUCCCAGGACCGGCCCUGCUAGAGUGAACAAGGAGGAGAAGACCGUCAUCAAGAAGCUGUUCUUUUUCCGGUCAGGGAAGCAGACGUAGACUAUGGUUGCGACCAAGGCAGCAAGUACCAAGACUUGAAAAGACACUCUGAUGACUCCAGAAUUCAUCUCUUAUACACACACAGACACACAGACACACAGACACACACACACUGUGCCUGCUCAUCUGCUUCCUCCUCAAAGCAGUCUGGGAGGAGGUGAGAUUUCUCACGGGAUCCUUCCCAAUGACAGUACUGGGAUGCCCUCUGAAGGGAUGCCCUCUGAAGGGAUGACCAGGGCAGGUGAGAAGCCCAAAGACGUCUAGAGAGCAAGAACAAAGUUCAGUGAGGCCCACCUCCUACCCCCGCCCCUGCCCUGCCCAGAGGGUGUCCAGAGCAUUGAUGGGCAUCCCACUAACCCCAACCUUCAGAUGACCGGGAAGCUGAGAAGGACAUCAGCCACCAGCGAGAAGGGAAGGAAAGGUGUGCAGCUAACUGGGGGACUGACAUUCCCACAGUGGCUCCAGUGAUAUUUGGAGAAUGUGUGAUUUUUUGUUAACGUGACUCUUUCCAUGAUUUUGUAUUCAAGUAAAGCUGGUUUUAUACUUUCUGGAA